AUGGGGGCCAGGCAGUCAAGGACCAACUCUAAGGACAGAGAUCCCAAGGGGAGGCUGCUCCCCGGGAGGAGACAGAAGUUUUCUCCAUGGGAUGACACCCUACUCUCUGGAAAAGACCCACGGUCUCUGCUGAAGCGGGGCAUGUGCCAUGUCAGCUUUAGCUUGGUCACUAAAGGAAUGACGGACAUCCCAGACUUUCUGUGGGGCUUGUCCGAGGUCCAGAAACUCAAUCUGUCCCACAACCAGCUUCGAGUGCUCCCUCCGGAGGUGGGGAGACUGACGAGGAUUGUGGUCCUGAACUUGUGCGGCAACCAUCUGAAAAGUCUGCCUCGAGAAAUUAGCCUCCUCCACGGCCUCAAGGUCCUGUUUGUCAAUAUGAACCGCCUGACUGAGGUGCCCACUGAGCUGAGCCUGUGCAGAAAUCUGGAAGUCCUCAGCCUGUCACACAAUUGCCUGUCCCAGCUCCCUCCCAGCUUUGCGGACCUCUCCAAACUGAGGAAGCUAAACCUCAGCAACAACUAUUUUGCUCAUAUCCCUAUCUGUGUGUUUUCCUUGAAGGAGCUAGAUUUUUUGCAUGUGGGCUCGAAUCGCCUGGAAAAUAUCGCCGAGAGUAUCCAGUGCCUGGCCAGCCUGCAGAUCUUCAUCGCAGAGAGCAACAACAUCCGUUCUUUCCCGCGGUCGCUCUGCCGUGUGACAAGCCUGGAGCUAUUGAACUUAAACAACAAUGACAUCCAGACCCUCCCAGACGAACUCUACCUGCUGUGUAGACUGGCCAGGAUUGCUUGGAAUCCGAUGGACAAAGGGCUACACAUUUCCCAUAACCCUUUGUCCAAGCCUCUGCCAGAGCUGGUGGAGGGAGGCCUGGAGAUGCUUUUCAGCUACCUGAAAGAGAAAAAACACAGCUGA